ACGGUUUGCAGCGAUGUUGCCUACUUGGAUUCGUCCCAACAGCCUCCUCGGUCACAUUUGAGUCUACCAAUUUCUACGCCUUGGAUAGCCACGUUGUUGUAGUUUUUACAAUUGGCGGUUGUAAGUGUCAGUACUGUGGUCUGGUGUUCGGACUUCGGACCAGAGACUCGGCUACCAAGACAAAAAACUAAGCAUUGUAUAUUACUUUUGUAUUUUUUUUUUUUUGAAAAAUAUAACUUUUGUAUCUUGAUGUUGAACAAACUGUGUAUGCUUCUCUAUAUGAAAUAAAGUGGUCCAUGUAAAUUAGAUACGGUAACACAAUGGUCGGCCAAUUAAUCAGUCAAGCAACUAGGCAGCAACAAGUAUAACAUAUUUCAUAUUCUACAUGCUUCAAAGUUGUGACAUAAGAUGAGAAGGUCACAAUAAAAUAAAACAAAACAAAAUUACAAGGGUUUGUUAUUUUGUUCAUAAACUCAUAAUCUAUCUAGGAGAGGCACGAUGGAGAAAGAAUUUCCAGGGGAGGAAGAAUUUGCAGAGAUGAGUUUUUAUCAGCUGGAGGAUGUCUUGUUCGGAUUGAUGAUGGGGCCCGAUGGUUACUGUGUCCAGGCGCUAAGCCGCUGUGAGUAUAAAGGGACUAAAUCCCUUACCAUGGACGAAGAGUAUCGCCUCAUGAAGAAACAAGUCGAGGAGACUGAGGGCUUCGACAUGGAUUUCAGUCAGUUUCGCUACGCUUUUAACUACAAACCCGUUGAUUUCGAUGAUAACAAGUUGCCCAUACUGGACGAUGGAGAAACCAUUAGAGAGUUAUUGGACAGGCUCUCUCGUAAAUCCCUUGAGCUAUACAAUAUUAAGGAGACGAAAACAUCAUCAUAUGGGUUGUUUGUGGAGGUUAGCAAAGCCAACUAUCACAUGGCUGGUGCUGGCGUCAUGUUUUUCAUUACCUUCCUUGCUAAACAAGAUUCUUCUGAUAAUGAGCCAAAAACAUUCCAAGCUAAGGUCCACUUUUCCUGCGUUGACCACAACAAGUACCUCACCUGCGAUCUCAAACCACCACCAAAAAAUGUUCACUCCAAUGAUACUGCCGACAAAGAAGAUGCCAAGAAACCAAGGUUGACUCAGGAGAAGGAUGCAAGCAAGCACUGAUACACGAGUCUUGUUAUAUAUAACGAUGACUUGCAACAAUUUUUAGACUAGAAAAGUUUUAUUAAUUUAUAGUAUUUGUUAAUUUUUCG